AUGGCAACAAGUGGCGAAGAUGAAUAUUUUGCUCAACGUGUUCUACGCUUGACUGACAUUGCACAGGAACCUAUGGAGUUUCUUACGCCCAUCACCGGUUACGAAAAAAUGCCCAUUGUUUCACUCGAAGAAGCAGUUGAACCGCUCGUGUCUAUACUACCAACAGUGAAAAGUCACGCAUAUGCGGCCAAGAAACGAUGUAAGAAGCCGGCUGAUAAUUUAACGCAAGAUGAAUCAGCUUCGAUCAUGCUCUAUUCAAUGGGAUGGGAGCCAUUGGAUGAAUGCCUUUAUUGCGCUUUAAAUGCUACUCUACGGUCAGAAAAUCGAACAAAACUUAAACCAUGGUUUCUCUUUCUUCGCCUUUUUCUUGCAGCAUUAUUUCGUCUUCCAUCGAUUCCUCACCUAACAGUGUUUCGAGGCGUCAAAUCGGAUUUAAGCCAACAAUUUAAAAAAAACGAAACAUUCGUAUGGUGGGGCUUUUCUUCCUGUACAACUUCCAUUGAUGUCCUCCAAUCAGAUCAAUUUUUAGGCAUGGAAGGUACAAGAACAAUGUUUACUAUUCAUUGCAAUUCAGCUAGAGAUAUUCGAAAACAUUCGUAUUAUCCAUCUGAAGAGGAAGUACUAUUACUUGCUGCUACUGAGUUCCAAGUGAAAGGUAAUCUCAAUCAAGGUCACGGUCUUCGAACUAUUCAGCUGCAAGAAGUUCAGUCCGAUCAUCCAAUGCUUAUCCCAGUGUCAUGUGCAAAUAAUUCUGUUGAUUUAACCGCUGCAAAACUGAAAAAUUUGAAAGUGAAAGACGAGGCAUCUGGAAACAUUGAUCCGUACGAUGCUCUUGCUGAAAUGGAAGCAAUGCAUAAAUGUUGUAAGGAUAUUGAUGAAAAUGUUGAAUCAAUUACACUUGGUGAGUUUGGGUUGGAAAUUGAAGGUAGACUAAUGGAUCCAAGGUGGGAUAAGAACUAUGUUUGGUCAUCUAAAGACUCUGCAGGAGAGUAUUGGGAAAAUCCACGCAAUCAAGGUGGUAAACCUUAUUAUUGCCCUUCAGGUUGGAAACGUUUUGGUAUUAAGGUAGCCACAGAUGGCAAAGAGUUUGAUGCUAAGUGGGGUAAUUGGAAUACAACAUACCAUGGAACAUCAGGCGAAUUUGCAUCAAGCAUUAUUACUUCUGGUCUCAAAGUUAGGAUGAGAGGAUGUUACUAUGCUAAAGGGAUACCAAGAGUGUAUGUCUCACCUAGUAUUGAAUAUAGUGCUCAUCCAAGACAUGCCUAUCCAUGGAAGAAAACGACGAAAAAUGGCGAAACAAUAUGGUAUCAGUUAGUCUUUCAAUGUCGAGUUAAUCCAAGAUCGAUUCACGAUAUCAGACCCGAAACAUUCCUAGAUAUCGAAUAUAAAAAAAAAGUAAUAGAUCCAAAUUUCGAAAAUAACGAGCUGGUGUGGAUUAUAUUAGGCCGAGAAGAUCAGGAAUUUACUCAAGAUAAUAUUAUUUGUUAUGGCAUGAUGAUACGUACAUCAAAGACCCAUCCAAAAACUUUGAAACCAUCUAAAUGGUGGGAAUACUCGGAUCCUCAUUGUUACACUACAGACAUGAAAAAUGACACUUCAUAG